AUGCUCAGGCCGAACCUGCUGGCCCGCAGGCUAUUUUCGAAGUCCACGAUCUCCAGAAUCCUCAGUCCCGAAUUUAAAUUGGAAAAGGAAUGGAAUGAACGGAUCGCACAGCUCGGCGAAUUCCAAAUGGGCGGCUCCUACGAAUGGAUCUCAGCGGUUCAAAAAAAGUUUACUGGAGAUGGACGAGCAAGGUGAGUGCUUUCUUUGAUUUGUUCUUGGAUUUUAGAUACGAUUGGAUGAAGGAAUUGAGGAAAUUUCAAGGUUUUUGGAGAUUUCGGAUAUUGCACUAGACGUCAAGACGAAAUUUUGUAUUUUUUGGUCAAAAAUUGGAUUGGAAUGAUCUAAAACCUGUUUGUAUAGAAAGAAGAGAGUAGAUGACAUGAUUUUUAGAUGUUCUCUGUAAAAGUUUAGCUAUCAGUUCACAGUAAUUUUCGAAAUUUCCGAAGUUUUGUCGUCAAUUUUCAGUGCGAUCGAUGUGGACGCAGCGGUGUGCAUAGCAGAUGAGCAAGAUCAAGUUGAGGACGUUAUGGAGCUGGUUUACAAACUGCGGCACACUAGCAACACCAGUGAUACUUUGCCAUCCACGUCGUAUGGCGUUAUCAGAUUCUUGUUGAAGUAUGAUCAGCUCGAUGAAGUCUUCAAAAUCCUCGAUGAUCCGGUAAAUUUAUGGUUUUUUGUGGGUAGCAGGAUAGAGUUAAAAAAAUGGGAUUUUUUGAGAGCUGGAAUGAGAAAUUUGAGGGAUUUCUGCAGCUGUUGUGAGCUGAUAUUGUUUUUAGAUAUCAAGUGUAAGAUAAUGGAGGAAAAUAUUUUUGAGAACUGUUUUUUGCGAAUAAAAAGAUGUAAUGGAUCAUAAUUUACUGUUUUAGAAGAAAAAAAUUGAAAUUUGAAUUGUUCUUGAUUAAUUUUUUGACCUGAUAUUGAUUUAGAUAUCAAGUGUAAUAUAAAUUUUCAGAAACCUCCAACCUUAUUUUUUAGUUUACAGUUAGUGAAAGCCCCGUAUUUUACCAGUUUCAUCGUUAAAAUUUAUAUUUUAGUUUUUGUUUUGGCUUAGUUAUGACUUAAUGUUGGUUUAGAUAUCAAGUGUAAUAUAGCGCUUUGAAAUUCUGGCACGUCGUAUUUUAACAUUGAUUUGUAUGCUGUUUAUCCUAUUUUCAGGUGAAUUACGGAGUCUUCCCGGACGAACACGCCUUCUGUUUGUUGAUCGAUCAUCUCUUGGAGAAGGAUAAUAUUCCAGGUAAAAUUUUGAUGAAACUUGGUGAAAUGACUAAAUAUUUUGGUAUGUAUAGAGUGUAAAUAGCCUAAAAAUUUAUUGUAUUGAUUUUUUUAUGAUUUUGAAAUUUUUCGCAUUUUCAAUUUUUGAAAAAUUUUCCCUUGGUCCCCCCUUACCAUUUUUUUGAAAUUUUUAAAAAUAUUUUUUAAUUGAUUUAUUUUUUUUGUUGAGGCAAAACAGACUUUUUAGCUCUAAUAACAAGUUUUGGUAAUUUUAGGAGCCGCCAAAGUCGCCACAUUCGUAAUGCAACAGGAAAUGUUCGACAACGAACUUUUGAAUCUCGUCUCCGUCUACAGCCUCCUCAGAUUCAUCGAACUGCCCAAGGAUCAAAGAGUUUUUGCCCAAAUUGCCAGUGACAAAGAAGCGGCCACCGAGGGAGGAGAGGAUAUGGACGAAGAGGUAAGAAAUUCAUAUUGUAGUAGAUAGCAAAGGAAAUUUUGAUGACAGAAGUGGUUGAUGAGGCUUUUUGGAUGAUAAUUCAUUUCGGAUAGUAGAAUAGGGUGUGGUUCUUUGAUCUGGUAUCUAAAUUCGGCAAAAAUUUGAAGGAUUUCGCAUGAAAUUUGGGAAAAUUAUCUUAUUUUAGGUAUAUUUUUGUAAAUUAAGGUGAAAUAAGGUUAUUUAUGGGUUUUAUUAGAAUCGAUUUUGAUUGAUAAUAGUGUAAUUAGGUCUACACAGUAAUUUUCAUUUUGAAUUUUUGGGUUUUCAAAAAAAUUUUGGCUUAAAUCACGGAAAAUUACCUUAUUUUAGGCAUAAAUUUGAUGUUUUUUGUAAAUUUUUGUUUCUUUUAACCCUCAAUACUGGUUGAAUGAAGUAUUUAGCAAAUAUUUGGACUAUUUGGAGUAUUAAAAUCAUAAUUUCAGAUUACCUUCCGCUUCCCAUACCUCCGAAACCACUACAACGACCGCCAUUUUGACCUCUCGACGGAAAAUGAGCUGGUUGCCAAGUCGUUGGACUGGUUUUCCGCUCAUUCUAAGCCAGAAUGGAGCUCAAGCAUUCAACUUAUCGCCGCCAUAUUGAACAAGGACCUAGCGAAAGUGCAAAAAAUUUUGGAGAAAAAAGAAAAAUUGGAGGAUUCAGCAGUAGUUUUGGCCAAAAAAUUGGUCGAAGAAUUGGUCGGUACCGCGGAAAAUGGAGUGACAGAGGUGAAGGAAGGCGAGGAGAAGGCUGAAAAGCCAGCUGAGAGCGAAUGGGAAGGAAUAAAGGUAGGAAUUUUGCUUUGGAAGAAUAAUAGGUCAUGGAUAAUAUAAUUUUUGAAAUUUUAUAUUGCGAAUAUGGAAGUCUCAUGAUGUUUAUAACACAACGAGACGAAUUUUAGAGCUUUUGGAUUUUGAAAAUUUGAAUUCCCGCCUUUUUUGGCAUUCUGUUUUAAUGGUCGAUUUUGCCAGGGAUUUUGUUAAAAAUUGUAUUUAGAGUUUGUGGAUGGAUUUUUCCACUCGUAUUUUACCUUUUACAAGAAGUUUUGGUUCCAUAAAAGGUCUAGUUUUUGAGUUAUUCACCUUUAUAUUAUACUAGGGGAUCUCAAGAAAAAUUUCGAAUUAUUUCCAGGCCCUGCUUCCAAACCCCGAAUCCACUAAGCCCUUCUCAGACCUCAUCCUAUCACAUAUUAAAUCCACGCAAAAAGAUUUGGAAUCAACCCUGACGUCGCAGCAAAAAACCGAUUUCCAAAAAUGGGCCGCCCGCCGAAAGGAGUUAAUCCACGGCCAGGCGGAGCUCCUCGAUCUCCAACUCCAACUCAAGGAAAUCGAAAAUGAAAGACGUCUGGCGCAGGAGGAGAUCCAGCUCCUGCACUUCUUCGACAACCGAGUGUCCUGGGAGGACAAGGCCAAGGAAAUGGACCGACUUUUCCACGAAUUCAAGCUCGAUGCCGAAGACGAAGCCCUCACCGAAGAAGUGUAUGGUCGCACGAUAUUCGACAAGGUCCGAGACGAACGGAAAAUGGCCGAACACGCGAAAAAAUAUUGA